GCUAUGACCGCAAACUAUUUUCUCAAACUUUUCCGUGUUUCUACAACCCGUGGAUGUUCUUUCGCACCUUUCGACACUGAAGAGUUCCCUCAUAUCUGUGGACGGCAAGCGUGGAGUGAUAACGUUGGAUGUCAAGUUAUGCUGCCUGAUUGUCCUACCGACACGAGUUAAACCAAAAAAUGGAAGAGCUGUACACACCACUCCCUGAUGAUGUACUACGUCAUUCAAGAAACUUUCGACCAGAGCCCAGCCAGAGCAACCACAAGUUCAUAGAGUCAUUUCUUCAAAGAUGUAUUCAGGUAUCUGGGCAAAACAAGAAGGAAUAUGACGAUUUCAAGUACAAAACACAAGCUCUGGAUAACUUCAAAAAGAAAAAGAGGCAAUUUGACAAAACUCCAGCAAAACGUCACACACUGACAGCACGUGAGAAAAGAGACUUGAAAGUUUUUCAGCUUGACAAGAAAGGUGUAUAUGACUAUGAUGAUUAUCUACCAAUGAAUGCAAUAUGGAUUGAUUACAUCAAGGAUUUAGUGGGACUUCAAAGCCUUAAAAGCAGAUCUCUAUCUCAGGUCACCCCCAAACUGCUGAAGGCUGAUUACCAUGGCUGUAUCCUCGGAGUCGUCCGGUCAAAAUGUCCAACAUACGUUGGCAGUAAGGGCAUCGUCAUACAGGAAACAAGAAAUACUUUCAAAAUGGUUACCGAAGAAAAUAAGAUCAAAGUUAUACCUAAGGCCAAUUCUGUGUUCAUGUUCGAAUACGACGGAUUUCAGUUCAAUAUCCAUGGCAACCAGUUCCGUGUUCCUGCCAGUGACAGAGUGCGGAAGAGAUUUAAGCUCAAGGCAUCGUUAGACUUGUGAUAUUUACUGAUGUGUAGCUGUAGCUAAUAUUACUGUAUUAAACAUAAAACUUUGUCAAGGUAUUAAAACAUUGCACAUAAUGUAUAUUUUAAACCUAAACUAAUAAAAUAUGUAAUAUAUAUCGGGUGCGCAUAAAAAAAUGGGCCGUACUUUGAUGCUACACUGGUCCAUUAUCCUUUGUUCAAACCCUUUCGAACUUUAGAUAUUCAAAUAGCAUGAUUUUGUUAAUAUACUCACCAGUUUUCAAGGUCAUAGCUUGAGUAGUCUGUACAAAGGGUUAAAAAGAAAGCAUAACCUUAAAAAGGCACGUUCCGGUGACCCACAUUGCGUCACCUGUCAGGUGUCAUGAGUAGAGCGCGCGCUGCACCUGUGUGACACGCAUCAAGGUAGAACAUCAUUUUGAAAUGUCCGGAACAUUCGUUUUUGACUCUAUUUUGAGUUUGGUCCCAUGAACAGAAACCUUAAAGGAUGAAAUUGAAAUUUGGUCUGUAUACUAAGGACAUAAUGGCUUUUAAGUGUGUAAUUUUUUAGAAGCUGACCUAACAGGGUUUCGGAGAUAUUGAGUGUCAGAGUACGGCCCAUUUUUUUAUGCCCACCCGAUAUGUACAUAUAUAAAUAGUAAUAAUUUUCAUGGUUUUCCAAGGAAUUAAGUGGAAGAAAAUGUUUGGAUAGAAAGUUUAAAAAUCAUGUGAAACUAUUCUGGCCACAGUACAUGGCAGACACAGUUCCGUUUAAGGUGCUAAGUGUUUAUAUUGAAUGUUUUUCUGACCUUGUUACAUGUAAGUUUAUGACUUGUACAAGUUAGUAGUAGAAAUAUGCUGGGUGAACUGGGGCCACUGGAGUCUGACUUCAGCAGAGUUCUACUUCUUUUAGUGACGUUAAAACAACAUGACCCCUCAAUUAAUGACCCCUCCCUUUCCUAAUCCCUCCCACUCAUCUACUUUGUUUUUGCCUUAUAAUGGGCAUUAUGAUGACGUUUUGUUACUGAGCAAACCGAAACAGACUUGUUUCAAUGAACUGUAGAUUCCUUCCACCCAUCUACCAUGUUCUUUGCCUAAUUAGGACAAAGUGGAUCACAGCUUUGUGAUGAAAUUUUGUCAUAGAGCAAAGUUAAACAGGUUUGUUUUUAUUAAUGAAUUGGAGAAAGUUCGUUUGGCCAGAUCGACGCCAGAUCCGCGUCACGUGUAGCUACAUUUUCGUGAGUUAUACGUGUAUUAAACUAUUUAUUAUCUUGAUUAUUUGUUUUAAGCAUGCUAAGUUAAAAUGAUCAGAAUUUCAACAUUUUAAAACUUCUAAAUCAAACGUUUCACCCUUGGUUGUUUGUGAAGUUACAGAUCAUGUCU